AUGAACUUGAAUAGUUCUUAUUCAAAUAAAACAGAUAAUGUGGUGACCGGUAACACUGUUUAUGAUGAAAAAGGUGCUGUACUAUAUAUUGUAGUAGUAAUUAUUUGGUAUGCAAUCGGUUUCGGUCUUACAUUACUAGAUGACAUUAAGCCUCAGCCUGGAAGAGAAAAACCACAUAAAUCGGUUAGCGUCUAUCGUACCAUGGACGAUAUUCAUGAAGAACAAAAUCGUAAUGAUAUAUUAAAUGAAUUGAAAGAUACAAAACGGAGAGAAAAAUUGUGGCAAAUCUAUUUUGGUAAUAGAACAUAUUCAGAAAAUCAUAAGUAUUCAUUCAAGAAAGCAGAUGAAUUAGCUGUCGAAAGUAUUACUAAGCAAUUAAGUGAUUUAAAAGAAAAACGGGAAACAUUAAAAAAUACUCUUCAUGAAGCAGAGGAACAACCAGACACUCCACCAACGGUAGCCAGACGACCACCAACAGUAGUAGAAACAGAUGAAGACGAGGAGGACGAUAACGUUUUGUCAUGUUUUACUUCCAGUGUAUUAUAA